AUGUUGGCCUCACGACAGCUCCUGGGCUCUGUGGCCCGGAGCCGCACUGCCGCCAGUGCUAGUUUGGGACUGCGCCGGAUGGCUACCGUCUCCGACUCUCCUCUUGACCGUAAGGUCAAGCAGAACAUUCACGAAGAGGGCAACUUCAUCAACUACAAGAAGAUGUCUGAGAACCUGGCCAUUGUGCGCUCGCGCCUCAACCGCCCUCUCGCCUACGCCGAGAAGAUUCUCUACUCCCAUCUCGACAACCCCCACGAGCAAGAGAUUGAGCGUGGUGUGUCUUACCUCAAGCUUCGCCCUGAUCGCGUUGCUUGCCAGGAUGCCACUGCUCAGAUGGCUAUUCUGCAGUUCAUGUCUGCCGGCAUGCCCUCUGUCGCCAACCCCACCACUGUCCACUGCGAUCACUUGAUCGAGGCUCAGGUUGGCGGUGCCAAGGAUUUGGAGCGUGCCGUUGGCAUCAACAAGGAGGUUUACGACUUCCUUGCUUCCGCUUGCGCCAAGUACAACAUCGGUUUCUGGAAGCCCGGCUCUGGUAUCAUCCACCAGAUCCUCCUCGAGAACUAUGCUUUCCCCGGUGGCCUGCUGAUCGGAACUGACUCUCACACGCCCAACGCUGGUGGUCUCGGUAUGUGCGCCAUCGGUGUUGGUGGUGCUGACGCUGUUGAUGUCAUGGCCAACCUCCCGUGGGAGCUCAAGGCGCCUAAGGUUAUCGGUGUCAAGCUCACUGGCCAGAUGUCUGGCUGGGUUACGCCUAAGGACAUUAUCCUCAAGGUCGCCGGCAUCUUGACCGUCAAGGGUGGCACUGGUGCCAUCGUCGAAUACCACGGCCCUGGUGUUGAGGGUAUCUCUGCCACUGGUAUGGGUACCAUCUGCAACAUGGGUGCCGAGAUCGGCGCCACCACCUCUCUUUUCCCCUUCAACGACCGCAUGCACCAGUACCUCUCCGCCACCAAGCGUAAGGACAUUGGUGACUUCGCUCGCACCUACGCCAAGGAGCUCCGCGAGGACGAGGGUGUUGAGUACGACGAGCUUAUCGAGAUCAACCUGUCUGAGCUCGAGCCCCACAUCAACGGUCCCUUCACCCCCGAUCUGGCCACUCCCAUUUCCAAGUUCAGCGAGGCCGCCAAGGCCAACAACUGGCCCGAGGAGCUCAAGGUUGGGCUUAUCGGCUCUUGCACCAACUCCUCAUACGAGGACAUGAGCCGCGCCGCCUCCAUUGCCCGCGAUGCUCUUGACCAUGGCCUCAAGUCUAAGACUAUCUUCACCAUCACCCCUGGUUCCGAGCAGAUUCGCGCCACCAUUGAGCGUGAUGGCCAGCUCCAGACCUUUGAGGAGUAUGGCGGUAUCGUGCUUGCCAACGCUUGCGGUCCCUGCAUUGGUCAGUGGGAUCGCCAGGAUGUUAAGAAGGGCGAGCCCAACUCCAUCAUCUCCUCCUACAACCGUAACUUUACCGGCCGCAACGACGGUAACCCUGCCACUCACUCCUUCGUCGCCUCCCCCGAUCUGGUCGUCGCCAUGACCGUUGCCGGCAGCCUGCACUUCAACCCCCUUACCGACACUCUCAAGGACAAGGAUGGCAAGGAAUUCAAGCUCAAGCCCCCCAGCGGUGAUGGUCUCCCUAGCCGCGGAUACGACGCGGGCCAGAACACCUAUCAGGCUCCUCCUGCUGACCGCAGCACCGUCAACGUCCAGGUCUCUCCUUCUUCCGACCGUCUCCAGAUCCUGUCUCCCUUCGAGCCUUGGGAUGGCAAGGACGUUAAGGACAUUCCCAUCCUCAUCAAGGCCAAGGGCAAGACCACCACCGACCACAUCUCCAUGGCCGGUCCCUGGUUGAAGUACCGUGGCCACUUGGACAACAUCUCCAACAACAUGUUGAUCGGUGCCAUCAACGAGGCCAACGGCGAGGCCAACAAGGUCAAGAACGUCACCACUGGUGAGUGGGAUGCUGUCCCUGCCGUUGCCCGUGACUACAAGGCGAAGGGCAUCAAAUGGGUCGUUAUUGGUGACUGGAACUACGGCGAGGGUUCUUCUCGUGAGCACGCUGCUCUCGAGCCCCGCCACCUUGGUGGUCUUGCCAUUAUCACCCGUUCCUUCGCUCGUAUCCACGAGACGAACCUGAAGAAGCAGGGUAUGCUCCCCCUUACCUUCUCUGACCCCGCCGACUACGACAAGAUCAAGCCUGAUGACAAGGUCGACAUCCUUGCUACCGAGCUUGAGGUCGGCAAGCCCUUGACUAUGGUUGUCCACCCCAAGGACGGUAAGCCCUUCGAGGUCAAGCUGUCACACACCUUCAACGCCCCUCAGAUCGAGUGGUUCAAGAACGGCAGCGCCCUUAACACUAUGGCUAAGUCGGCUGGCAAGUCAUAA